AUCUGUCAGCGGUGUGUGAGGUUAUAGGUGUUUACACCAGACCGUUCCGUGGUGUUUUAGCGAAGAGAAAGUGUUUUAUGAAACAAAGUGCUGCUUCUUUAUCUGAACGCUCGUGGAUUAAUUAUCGUUUGUUGAUAGUUUAUUAUUUUAAAGAAGAUAAACAUGAAUUUGGGGAUCAGUAUUUCUCUAUUUCUGCUGGUUUGUGGUUUGAGCUGGACCUUGGCCCAGAAUGACAUGACUUGUGAGAGCAAAAACGAAACCUGCGAUCAAUGUGUGAGUAAUGUGUCGUGUCUGUGGUGUAUAAGUACGAAAUCAUGCUUGACAUACCCUUACAAAUAUAUGCUGCCUCCGCACUCUCUGUGCCCGCUGAACGAUGCCCGCUGGGGACAGUGCACAAUAAACUUCCAGAUCUUGAUCAUUACGCUGUCAGUGCUUGGUGCAAUCAUCAUCAUCGCCUUCUUCAUCUGCCUCUUCCAUUGCUGCAAGUGUGAGAACUGUGGAAACUCCAUUCAAGAACGCAAGAUGCAGCGGAAAGCAGACAAGAGGACAAAUGCACAAGAGCAGCGGAGAUCUGAGAUGAUGGCCAGACAUGAUGAGAUUCGGCAGAAAUAUGGUCUCAGCAGAGGCAGUGCCUAUGCCAAGUUUGACAAUUCUGCUUAAAGAGAGCCAGUGUUCCACAUCUUGCCCUUGAGCCCUCAAAGCAGUCGCUGAACUUCUCAUGGCUUCUCCUUCAACCCAAAGCUGCAUUUUAAUGCUGUCUGAUGAUUUCCUUUAACUUGAUUUUUGAUUGCUCAGUAGAACAGCUUACUGGAUGACGAUAACUUCUGAACUUCUUCUAAAUGUUCUCUCCAUACAAGCUUACUGUAAACCUUCGAUUUUAUUUAUGUAGGUCAAAAUGAAAGUCAUGGAUUUAAUAUAAAAAUAUGGAGACUGUUGUACUGUUGUCAUUUGACUUUUACUUGGGAAAAAAAAAUAAAAUUCUAUUUAUACAAA